GAAAAAUGUCCCUUACAUUGGUGACUAGUUGUAAGAAUGUCUCUUACAUUGGUGUUCAUUAGGAAAAUGUUCCUUAUAUUGGUGACUAGUUGUAAGAAUGUCUCUUACAUUGGUGUUCAUUGGGAAAAUGUCCCUUAUAUUGGUGGUUAGUGGGAAGAUUAUCUCUUACAUUGGUGAUCAGUGGAAAAAAUGCUCCGUACAUUAGUGGUCAGUAGAAAAAUGUCCCUUACACUGGUGGCUAGUGGAAAGAAUGUCCCUUACAUUGGUGGUCAGUGGGAGAAUGUCCUUUACAUUGGUGUUCAUUGGUAAAAUGUCCCUUAUAUUGGUGGUAAGUACAAAAAUGUCCCUUACAAUGGUGCUUAGUGAGAAGAAUGUCCCUUACAUUGGUGGUCAGAGGGAAAAAUGUCCCUUAUACAGGUGGUCAGUGGAAAGAAUGUCCCUUACAUUGGUUUAUAGUGGGUAAAGGUCCAUUACAUUGGUGAUUAGUGGGAA